AUGUUGCUGCAGGGUAACAAACGACAAAGUUAUGAUCUUGUAUUACGGCAUAGUAGUGUCGCCACCAUACUCUACCAUACUGGAAUGAAGAAACUGAUACUUGUCAAACAAUUUAGGCCAGCUGUCCUAGUUGGACAUGUACUUCGACAACCAGAAAAUUUCAACAAGAAACUCACUGAAAUAGAUUGGGCCAAGUACGAUGCAUCAAAUGGUUAUACCUUGGAAUUGUGUGCUGGUAUGAUCGACAAAAAACUCCCCGUUGUUGAUAUUGCACGCGAAGAAAUUGAAGAGGAAUGUGGCUAUGCCGUAAAGAACGAGGAUAUCCAUCUUGUUACUACUUUCAACGUCGCUGCACAUGAGUCUGGAGGUGUGCAGUAUCUUUUCUAUGCUGAAAUCAAUGAUUCUAUGAAGGUCACAGAAGGCGGUGGAAAUGCAAGCGAAGAUGAGUAUAUCACAAAGGUAUCCUCCUACUAUACCAAUGAUUUAUUGAAUCUGCGCAUUUUCGACUAUAUGGUUCAAUUCCAGGUGUUUCUAACCGAAGAUGAAGUACGUUCUCUUGUCUCUAGCGAGUAUCCACCGAGCCCCUCUUCUAUGCUCUACGCUCUGAUGUGGUGGCUCGAGAAUAAGUGUUCUAAACAGAAAAAACCAUUGGUACUAGCUUUCUCGUAA